AUGAAAGAAGCUAUUUUGAAUAUAUUCAAUAAAAACAUGUCUUUAAGGGCAGCGGCCCAAGAUUUCAAUUUGAAAAGAUCAACUUUACAAUCUCGGAUAAAAAACAUUCUGAAAUCGAUGACAGCCGAAGAAUUUGUACAGAAGUAUGACGACGAUGGAUACGACAGCGAAACAGAAAAAAAGGGAAAAGUAAAAGCAGAAAAAAAAAAUGGCAAACUGAAGAGGAAUAACGAUCAUUUGUCAUCAGAUACUACAGCGGAAAUUAAAAAAGCAAAAAUUCAGAGAAUUAAAAAAAAAGUUUUUGAAGAGAGUUCCAGUAGUGAAUCAGAAAAUGAUAUUCAUUUGGAUGACAGCGGUGACAACGAGAGUUUUGAGUCUCUUCAAGACGAUGAUGAGGUAAACAUUAACAGCUACAUACUAGUCAAGUUUUUGGUUAAAACAGCAUCCAUUUACUAUGUUGGAAUUGUAGUAGAUAAUAUAUCCGAUAAAAAAUUUAAAGUGAAAUACUUGAGACGCAGAGGUAACAGUAACAAAUUUUAUUUUCCACAAAUUGAGGAUAUAGAGACUUGCGAACAAUCAGAUAUUUACGCUAAGCUCAGGAUAUACUCUAAAGCUCGUAGAGAUUCAACCUUGACAUUUUAUCAUAAUUUUGAAGGUAUUAAUGUUAAGUGA